UUUAUGCCUGGUUUUUCCUAACGUUGAGAUGGCAUCCCAGGCAAAGGGCCUUCUUUCUGAAGAAUGUAGGGAUGCUAUUAAUCGGAUAGCAUCUUACGAGCUGCAUGUCAGUGAUGCUUAUUUAUCUAUGGCCUGUUAUUACAUUGAAGAUUCAGAAGCACCUACUUUUCAUACAUUCUUCCAAGACCAAGCUGAUGUGAAGAGGGAGCAUGCAAAGCAGUUCAUAAAAUAUCUAAGAAAAUAUAAGUGUACAAUCUGUCUUCCGGUGAUUAAGAGGCCUGAUUUAGAUAACUGGGGAACUGGUAAACAAGCUCUGCUGUCUGCUCUGCAGUUGGAGAAUGAGUUAAACAAGCUCCUUCAAGACCUGAAGGCCUCAGCUUCUAGGAACAGAGAAACCAAUCUCUUACGCUUCAUGAAAAAGUUCCUGGAUGAACAGACCAGGAAUAUAAGCUAUCUGGAAUACCAGCUUAAUUAUCAGAAGGAUUUGGAAAAGUCAACCCAGAGUGAAGGACAGCCUGAAAAUGCCGCCGGACCAUCUGGAACAGCAGGUCAAGAGACAGAAUCUGCAGGCAACUCUCCAAGUCCUCCUGCCCAGAAGGUCCCAAAGUCAGCUCCUUAAGAAUCCUGAUCUCCAUUCGACAGAAGUAUGCUUUUCUUUUCAUCUCAGAUCCUAAUCCUCCUUGUUGUACAUGCAAAUAAAUGUGUUUUGCAUUAUGAUUAUGUGUAGAGAAAUUGCUAUUGGAGCACAAGAAAGGUUAGGUUCAUACAUGGGAGUUUGAAAGCUUCCUGAGGUACCGUGGAUGCAUUAGACUUAAAAAUAAUAUAUAAUUCCCUCAACACCCAGAUGUAGAGUCAGGUUCUAGUAAACUCAGUUAGUCCAAGUGGACACAGAUGAAAUUAAGUAGCAAAACCUGAUGUCUUGCUAAUUCUCCUCCCCGCAACUUAAUAUAUUGCUGCUGC